CUUUCGAAAAAUUCUUAUCCCAAAUCAACAGUCUCCUUGAUUUGCUCAAAAUAUAGAUUCUCGCUUUCCUUAUAUAAACGCCGACCCUUUACUUCUCUUCUAUUAAUUCUCUCUUCUCUCUCUUCAAUCCUUGAUUUCCGUUUCUGAUCAAUUUCUUCUAACAUUUGGCUUCGUUAGUAAUGGCUGAUCAAAAAAUUCUUGUGACUGGUGGGGCUGGAUUCAUUGGCAGCCAUACUGUAGUGCAGCUUCUCAAAGAGGGUUUUAGGGUUUCGAUCAUUGACAAUCUUGAUAAUUCUGUUAUUGAGGCUGUUGAUAGGGUCAGGGAAUUGGUGGGUCCUCAGCUUUCUCAAAAACUAGAAUUCAAUAAGGGUGAUAUUAGGAACAAGGAUGAUUUGGAGAAGUUGUUUUCUGGGACUAAAUUUGAUGCUGUGAUCCAUUUUGCUGGGCUAAAGGCAGUUGCGGAGAGUGUUGAAUAUCCUCGUCGUUAUUUUGACAAUAAUUUGAUUGGCACUAUCAACCUGUACAAGGUCAUGGCAAAAUAUAACUGUAAGAAGAUGGUAUUCUCAUCUUCUGCAACUGUUUAUGGGCAACCAGAGAAAAUUCCAUGUGUUGAAGAUUUCGAAUUAAAGGCAAUGAACCCUUAUGGAAGGACUAAGCUUUUCCUUGAAGCGAUUUCUCGAGAUAUUCAAAAGGCAGAACCAGAAUGGAGAAUCAUUUUACUUAGAUACUUCAAUCCCGUAGGAGCUCAUGAGAGUGGUAAACUUGGUGAAGAUCCCAAGGGUAUUCCAAACAAUCUCAUGCCUUACAUACAACAAGUUGCUGUUGGAAGAUUACCUGAACUCAAAGUAUAUGGCCAUGAUUAUCCCACGAAGGAUGGUAGUGCGAUCAGAGACUAUAUUCAUGUUAUGGACUUAGCAGAUGGCCAUAUUGCUGCUCUUCGAAAGCUUUUUACAAGAGAGGAAAUAGGUUGUGUAGCCUACAACUUGGGUACAGGACGUGGAACAUCAGUGCUUGAAAUGGUUGCUGCAUUUGAAAAAGCUUCUGGCAAGAAAAUUCCUAUCAAGUUGUGUCCAAGAAGACCUGGAGAUGCUACUGCUGUUUAUGCUUCCACAGAUAAAGCUGCCAAAGAACUCAAUUGGAAGGCUAAAUAUGGUAUUGAGGAGAUGUGCAGAGACCAAUGGAAAUGGGCAAGCAACAACCCAUGGGGUUACAAGUCAAAGCCUUGAUUUUCAUUCUUGCUCUUGCAAACUACACAUUAUUUUAGACCUCUGAUUUCAUGAGGGGGGUCAUAAUAACUGCAGAGAAAUGUCAAUACAUUUUAUCACACGACUGGAAAAGCUACUUCCUCUGUAUUCUAAUACUUUACCAUUCCUCACUCUUCUGCAAAAUAAAAUGUAUAAACAUCUCUACUUCCUUGUGUCACGGCCUGAACGUGCCAACCCCAAAAACCAUUCAAGCAGGCACUUAGCUUUUGGAUGAUUAUUCUUCUGGGGUUUGUUGGAUUAGUUUUCAUGAUCUUCUAAAACGGUGUAUGAGGCUGAUCUAUCUUGAUGAUAUUUUGUCAAAUUGCUAAGUGUACAAUGAAGCCCCUCUUUUUUA